UGAAAGCUCUGCUUCCCAUAGUGGUGAGGCGGAAGGAAGGUACAGCAAGCUGGAUAGAAGAAGAAGAACGAAGUGAAUGUGCAGAACAGGUGGUGGUUAACAGAUCAGAAAGGUAAGGAGGAGCGAGGCUAUGAAUGGCCUUGAAGGUGAAGAAGUUUGAAAAUUAUCUGGAAUUUCACAGGGAGCCAGUGAAGUUUUUGAAGAAAAGGGGUGAUGUGCUGGUAGGUGGGGGUUCUGGUGAUAAUGUGAGCAGCAGAGUUCUGAACCAGUUGAAGCUUAUGGAGGGAUUUUUGGGGGAGACCAUGCAAAAGAGAAUUGCAGUAGUCAAUAAGGGAGGUAACAAGACUAUGGACAAGAAUGGAAGUAGACUGGGUGGAAAGAGAAGGAAGCAAUCUGUUAAUGUUACGUAGAUGGAAGUAGGCAGAACGGGUGAGAUUAUUGAUGUGAGACUUAUAGGAAAGUGAACUGUCUAGGAUGACACCAAGGCUCUUAACCUGAGGAGAAGGGAAAACUGGAGUUAUCGAUGGUGAAUGAGAAAUGGUUUGCCUUCAAAAGGUUGGAUUUGGUGCCAAUAAACUGUCUGCCAUUUAUUACAUGUCAGUUUUUAGAGCCAGCCCAAAGGGAAAAAUGAAUUUUUGCAAGCAUAGCUUUAACCCUUUAAAAUCCACUAUUAAAAUGACCACUUCUAGCUUGUGUUACAGGUUAUAUAUGGGAUAAAAGUGCAUAUGAAAAAAAAAAACCUACAUACGCACUCAUCGGCCACUUUAUUAAGUACAUCUAGUACAUCUAGUGGUGACUGUGAAGGUUAUGUUAUGUUAUGCUGCUGGAGGCAGUCAUCCUAAGAUUGGUACACACUGGUUAUAAAAGGCUGAACAUGGUAAGAUUGUGCAUUUAAAAUGUGCAUUUAAAAAUGCUUAAUUGGUGCCAAGAGGGCCAAAGCGUGCCCAGAAAAUAUCCACCACGCAAUUACACCAUCAACAGCAAUCUGAAGACAUUUUCUCCCAGAGAAAAAUACAACUCACGGGAUAUUUUCGGUUUUCCAAAAACCCCAGAGAUGGUUGUGUGGUAAAAUCCAAAUAAAUCAGUAGUUUCUAGAAUACUCAGACCAGGUUUGCACCAUAAGGGCGUCCAAAGAAAAAGACAAACAUUUGUUGCUCAUUCUGAUGCUCAGUUUGAACUUCAGUAAGUUGUUUCACAUUGCUUAAAUGAGUUUUCAUCAUGCGAUUGGCUGAUAAGAAAUUUGCAUUAACAAGCAGUCAAACAAGUGUUCCUAAUAAAAUGACCAGUUAGUAUAUAAUCUCCAUCAGCUUGUUCAUCAGUUUAUGAGAUUUAGUAAAAUGCUUCAGCCUCAGUGUCUUUGUAGUCACUCCAGCUGUCCAGCCAUUCAUUUUCCUAGUCAAAUUUUGGUCUCAGGCAAGGCAGACUGACCUGGCUGAUAGGAGAGAGGCGAGAUGGAAGCGCCUAUAGAGGAGCAUGUCUGUGGUUCCGAGUGUGGGAGGAGACUGGAGCACACAGGGAGAACCUGUAAAGUCCACAGAGAAACACUCCAGCCGACCAGGAGACAGCUCAGUUUGCAGACUGAAGAGAGAACCAAGACGAACACUGGGAUCACGUAAGGAAAUCGUCAAACUACUCUGCAAAGAUCUCCAGAGAUUUCUCAUCCUCUAACAAACUUUAAAAAGCAAAAUAAGAAAGUUGCAAUGGCGACACCCAAAAACACUCCACGAGGUGCAAACACGCCACUUUCUCCCAACCGGAUCACCCGUCUCCAGGAAAAGGAGGACCUCUGCAACCUCAACGAUCGACUGGCCGUCUACAUCGACAAGGUCCGCUCUCUGGAGGCUGAGAACGCCGGGCUGCGUCUGCGCAUCACCGAGUCGGAGACAGAGGUCAGCCGGGAGCUGACGGGUCUUAAGGCCGCCUAUGAGACGGAGCUGGCAGAUGCUCGCCAGACGCUGGACUCGGUGGCCAAAGAGCGAGCACGGCUGCAGCUGGAGCUGGGCAAGCUGCGAGAGGACCACAAGGAGCUGAAUCAUAGGAACACUAAAAAAGAGUCAGAACUGGGGGGAGCCUUGCAGAGGCUCAAAGACCUGGAGGCUCUGCUUAAUUCGAAGGAUGCUUCCUUGACUACGGCUCUGGGAGAAAAGCGUAACCUCGAGGUGGAAAACAGGGACCUGAAGACGCAGGUUGCCAAGUUGGAUACCAGCUUGGCCGAUGCCAAGAAGCAGCUGCAGGAUGAGAUGCUGAGGAGGGUGGAUGGAGAGAAUCGCAUCCAGACUCUGAAAGAGGAGCUGGAAUUUCAGAAGAACCUCCACUCUGAGGAGCUGCGGGAGAUAAAGAGGCGUCAUGAGUCCCGCAUGGUUGAACUGGAUAAUGGCCACCAGCAGGAGUUUGAAUGCAAACUGGCCGAGGCGCUGGCGGAUAUGCGCAACCAGCAUGAGCUGCAGAUUAAAAUGUACAAGGAUGAGAUCGAGAAGACCUACAACUCCAAGCUGGAGAGUGCUCGUCAGUCAGCAGACAGGAGCAGCCACCUGGUUGGGGCAGCACACGAGGAGCUCCAGCAGAUCCGAGUACGCCUGGAGUCCACGUCGACUCAGCUCAGCCAGCUACAGAAACAGCUGGCAGCUCGUGAGGCAAAGAUCAGGGACCUCGAGGAUGCUCUGUCGCGGGAGCGGGACAGCACGCGUCGCCUUCUGGGUGAGAAGGAUCGAGAGAUGGCAGAAAUGAGGCACCAGAUGCAGCAGCAGCUCGAUGAGUAUCAGGAACUCCUCGAUGUUAAGCUGGCCCUGGACAUGGAGAUAUGCGCCUACAGGAAGCUGCUGGAGGGAGAAGAGCAAAGACUGCGUCUUUCGCCCAGCCCUCCUCCUACCAGGGCGGCGGGAAGUCGAUCCUCUACUUCUGGAGCUCUCUCUCGAUCUAUCCACCACAGCGCUCAGAACUCCCCUGCUAAGAGACGUCGCCCUAACGACACAGACAGCGAGGCCUCCAGCUUCGCCGGUGGAGCCGUUUCCCGCACUCGCAUCACCCAGCAGGCCUCGGCCAGUGGACGUGUCACUGUGGACGAGGUGGAUCUGGAUGGGAAAUAUGUCAGACUCAGCAACAAAGCUGAUGAGGAUCAGAAUCUGGGGAACUGGCAGGUGAAGCGGCAGGUGGGAUCUGGCACUCCCAGCGCCUUCAAGUUCCCAGCUAAAUUCACCUUGAAGGCUGGUCAGAGGGUGACGAUCUGGGCCUCUAAUUCUGGUGGAACUCAUAAUCCUCCAUCUGACCUGGUGUGGAAGAAUCAGCCCUCCUGGGGCACCGGAGACCUCUUCCAGACUACUUUGAUCAACACUAAUGGAGAGGAAAUGGCAAUGAGGAAGGUGACCCGCACUCAGUUUGAAGAAGAAGAUGAUGACAUGCAGGUGGCUCACAGCACCUGUGGGGACGGCGAGUACAACCUGCGGAGCCGGACGGUCGUGUGCGGCUCAUGCGGACUUCCUUCAGAUAAAUCCAGCAACUGCUCCGUGUCCUCUGCUUCCCGCUCCUUCCGCAGCGGAGGCAUCUCCGAGGGUUUACUGCCCCACUCCUAUGUGUUCAGCACGAGCACACCUCGCAAGACUGGAGGCAGAAUGGAGAGCUGUCCAAUCAUGUGAAGCCCUGGGGCCACUACACUACAUUUUCUAUAGCUUCUUAGGUAUCAGUUGUUGAGUUAUCUGGUAUAGUUUUUAGUUCAGUUUAUGUACUUUCAAUUUAAUUUCAAGUUAUUGAAUGCCAGAAAUUUUUAUACUGCUUUUUAUAAUGUACAUAUGCAUGAAUAAGAAUAAUUUUCCAGAGCCUAAAGGUUAAUUUGGGUUAGCUUUGUUUGUUUUUUUAUAUAUUAGGGACAUUUAAGGUUGGAAAAUGUAAACCAGUUACUUUAACAUUCAUUGGUUUUAAAAACUUAAUUCAAAUUAAUUUCAUUAUACUCUACAGACACUCUGACACAGCGGGGUUGUGAUCAGUUUACAAUUUUACCAAAAUUGAAAACUUUAUUUUUCUCAUUAAAUCUUCUUACACAGUGAAGGUAAAAUGAACCCAACCUUGCUACAGAUCUACAGAAUAUUGUCUGGGUUUUUUUAUUAAA